AUGGCUGUUCAUAACUCUGUAGAUAACGAGGGUCUGCCCUCGGACCAGUCCAGUCAGUCCACAUGUGCCGACCAUGACCUCGCCCCCGUCCAGUCCCUCAACGAGGACAAGCAGGUGGUAGAUGCCAAGGACACCGCCCACUCCUGGGCCAUCGCCCUCCUGGGCCACCUCGUCAUCUUCAGCACCUGGGGCUUCGUCAACGCCUUCGGGGCCUUCCAGACCUACUACGUCUACGAGCUGCGCAUAGGCGACGACUCCAAGGUGGCCUGGAUCGGCUCGACGCAGCUCCUGCUCAUCUUCGGUAUCGGUAUCGUCGCCGGCCGGGCCCUCGACGCGGGCUACUACCGCGUCGUCUUCGCCGGCGGGAGCCUCCUAUAUAUCCUCGGCAUGUUCAUGCUCAGCCUCUCCACCGAGUACUGGCACAUCUUCCUCUCCCACGCCGUGUGCGUCGGCGUCGGCUUCGGCUCCGUCUUCGCGCCCACCGUGGCCCUGGCCGGGACGUACUUUGACAGGCACAAGGCCCUCGCCCUCGGACUCAUGACCAUCGGGUCCGCCACCGGUGGGAUGGUCUUCUCCGCCAUGGCUGCCCAGAUGCUUCCCAGCCAUGGCUUCGCGUGGACGGUCCGAACAAUGGGCUUUGUCCAGCUGGCCAUCACGCUCAUCUGCGCGCCGUUCCUCAAGCCCUGCACAGUCCCCCGAAAGGCCGGCUCCCUCAUCGAAUGGAGCGUCCUCGGCAACAAGGCGCACGUCUUCCACCUCCUCGGCGCCUUCUUCCUCUUCUGGUCCGUCUUCAUCGGCUACUACUACCUGGGCAGCUACGGGCGCGCCGUCGUCGGCGUGUCCCAGUCCACGGGCUUCUACCUCCUGCUGACCAUGAACGGCAUCGGCGUCAUAGGCCGCGUGACCGUCUCGCUGCUGGGCUCGCGGCACGGGCCCCUCGUGCUCAUGGUGCCGAUGGCGCUCUUCAACGCCCUGCUGGGGUUCUGCUGGGUCGCCGUGUCGGGCGAGAAGGGUCUGUGGGCGUUCACCGUCUUCUUCGGCACCGCGGCCGCGUGCAUCCAGGCCGUGUACCCGAUGGUGCUUGGCUCGUUCGUCGAGGAUCCCAGGAAGGCCGGGGCUAUUACGGGGAUGGGCUUCUUUGUUGCUGGUGUGGCGGCGUUCACCGGGCCUCCUGUUGCUGGAGUGCUCAUCCAGGUGAGGGGUGGAGGAUACUUGGGAGUGCAGCUCAUGUCGGGGUCCAGCAUGGUGGUCGCAGCCGUCAUGUAUUCCAUCUGCAUGGUGCUGAAAAGGAGGCAAGGUUUGCAGAAGGAGAAGGAAUCAGCUCCGAGACAGUCUGCCCCAAGACGACAGGAGUUAAUGUCAGCAUAA